UACCAGCGAGAGUUCCUCCCGCGGCUGCGCGUCUUCGGCUCGCAAGCGCACGUGCACCAACUGCACGUGCUGCUGGUGGAGGAGGUGCAGCGCGUCUUCUCCAGCCCUUUGCGGCGCGCCGAGCAGUACGUGCAGCUGUACGUGGACGUAAUCCAGCGCUGGAUGGAUGGGCUCGGGGCGCACGUGGUCAGCCACGUGUCGGGCGAGCUGGAGGAGGCGGUGGGCGAGGACCUGCGGGGGCGGGCGAGGGCGGCGGCCGGGGACGGCGCGCUCGCUUUCCAGGCCGAGCGCUGCGAGUGCGUGCUGCGCGCGCUCACGCCGGCCGGCGGCGCGCGCGUGCGCGUGUGCGUGCGCGGGGUGCGGCGGGGGCACCGCGCCGCCAAAGUGCUGCAGCUCCUGGACGAGCGCUGGCCCGGGCGGUGGGUGUACGUGGACGAGCAGGCGGCCGUCGACCUGCCAGCGGACGCCCUGCGCGCCGUCGCCUCCCGCAGCCGCGUCGUCGUCCUCGACGUCGACAGCGCCACUAUUCAG